AGCAGAGACAUCCAGACUCCGUGGUCCUGCAGGUCUAUAGGCAGCGUCGUUCAACCGCUCCACCACCAUGACCUCCUUUGACGACAUCCUGGAGGAAGCUGGGAAGUUCGGCAGAUGCCAGAAGAGAAUCUUCAUCCUGCUCUGCAUGGUGUCCAUGCCGUGGGCUGGAGUCUACGUCGGCAUCGUCUUCCAGGGCUUCACCCCAAAUCACUGGUGCCGAGACUCGGUGGUGGCGGAGAAGACGCUGGCGUGUGGCUGGGGUCCCGCAGAUGUCCGCAGACUGGCCGUCCCUCUGGUCAACUCCUCUGGGGAGCUGCGGCCCAGCAGCUGUGAGCGGUACCAGGUGGACUGGAACGACACCGUGCUGACCUGCGACGCACAGGAAGUGGACAUGAGCAGAAUUCCCACUACCAGCUGCACGGAAGGCUGGGAAUACGACUACGAGGGACGACAGUCCUUUGUGACCGAGUUUGACCUGGUGUGUUCUGAUGAAUGGCUGAUCGACAUGUUCCAGGCCAUGCUCAACAUAGGGUUCCUCCUUGGCAGCAUCGCCAUUGGUUACCUGGCAGAUCGGUUUGGCAGGAAGAUGAGUUUCCUGAUGUCCAACCUCCUGAACGGGAUCACGGGAAUCCUGGUGGCCGUGGCUCCGAACUACACCUGUCUACUGAUUUUCAGGUUGUUGUUUGGGUUUGGAGUGAAGUCGGGCUGGAUGGCAGGAUACGUGCUGAUCACGGAGAUCGUGGGCGUGGAGUACAGACGAACCGUCGGAGUCAUUUAUCAGAUGUUCUUCAGUGUCGGGAUCCUCUUCCUCCCCCUGCUGGCCUACUUCAUCACAGACUGGCGCUGGUUUCAAGUGGCCAUCACUGUUCCCUACAUCGUCUUCCUGGUCUACUACUGGUUCAUCCCUGAGUCUCCGCGGUGGCUGCUGUCUCAGAACCAGAACGCCAAAGCUGUGAACAUCACCGAGGACAUAGCCAAGGAAAACAAGAGGACACUGUCCAAGAACAUCGAGAACCUGCGGGACGACAACGCCGAAACGACCACGGCCUCCUUCAUGGACCUGAUCAGAACUCCCAACAUGAGGAAACACACGCUCAUCCUCAGCUACAACUGGUUCACCAGUGCCGUGGUCUACCAGGGUUUGAUCAUGAGGCUAGGCAUCCUGGAAGGAAACGUCUACAUCGACUUUCUCAUCUCUGGACUGGUGGAGUUUCCCGCCGCUCUCCUCAUCCUCUUCACCAUUGAACGCAUCGGGCGUCGCCUUCCCUUCGCCACCGCCAACUUUGUGGCCGGAGCCGCCUGCCUAAUCACCGCCUUCAUCCCAGACAGUGGUGAAGGUUUGCUGUGGUUGAAGACGUUGGUGGCCUGCAUCGGGCGUCUGGGCAUCACCAUGUCCUUUGAGAUGGUGGUGUUUGUCAACACGGAGCUCUACCCCACGUUCGUCAGGAACCUGGGCGUCUCCGUCUGCUCCACGCUCUGUGACAUCGGUGGAAUCAUCGCUCCCUUCCUGCUCUACAGACUGGCCGCCGUCUGGCUGGAGCUGCCGCUCAUCAUCUUUGGUUCUCUGGCCUUCCUGGCUGGAGCCCUGGUCCUGCUGCUGCCAGAGACCAGAGGCGUGCCGCUGCCCGACACCAUCGAUGACAUCGAGUUCCCCAACAGGAAGAAGGAGAACGUUGUUCUAAAGGAGCAACAGUCGACCAAGCUGUUGCCCAUGACGACCAACAAAAACCCAGCCACCGUCUAGACUCCAGUCUGUGACUGUGAAGUUAUUUAUGACUGUUGUUGUUGACGUUGUUGUUGACGUUGUUGUUGACGUUGUUGUUGUUGUUGACGUUGACAUGUGAACGAGGGACAGGAAGUGAGGUCAGGAGGAGAACGCUUCUACUCUGUUCUGAACUUUGUUGUACUUUUUUGUUAACUUUUGUUUAUCUGCUGUUGUGUAUAUUUUAUUAAAUAAUAUUAAUUUUUUUUUCUCAAAUUAAAUUGAAAAAAAAAAA